AUGGCAGCCAUAGCUUCAAGCUCGUCAGCUGCCAUGAUGGCCGAUAACAUGGACCCAGCCGACCGGGCGUGGGCCAUACAGGAGAACCGUUUCCGGGCCAGAGCAAGGCUUCGACUUGAAGCAAGAGCACGAAAGCCUCGCACCAUCGUCAACAAUAGCACUGGUGCCUCUGCUACAGCAUCCUCUUCAGCCUCGCAGCAAUCCCGGCAGCCUAUGCUCGACUCGAAUGUACCAUCCAUUGGCCCUAAUGCCAACCUUGGCUCAGUCCCCGCGACCAGUCGAAACGCACAGCUCGACCCGGCACAGCUCAAAGUCGUUGGCAGCAAAAGCAAUGUGGCUCGCACACGCAAAGUCGACGAGGCAGAGAUCCCACUCCAGCGAGACAAGUCAUUGGGAGACUAUAUCGAGUUUGACCUUUCCAAACUUCACAACAGUAAAGGUGGUUUCUUGAUCGAUGACCAAGAUCCCGCCGCUUCACGGAAGACGUUGGACGAUCUUCGAAAGGAAAAAGAGAGAGAAAAGCAGCGUAUGCGGGACUAUGCUCAACCAGGUAUCUCUCUCGAUCUUCAAACUCGACCGACAUGCGAGAGCUGCGGUAGUCCCGAGAUCAUCGACCACCCCUUCAAGCGGGUCUUUGGUAUCUGCGUCUGUCGCAAAUGCGAACGCGAGAAGCCCGAAAUUUAUUCGCUGUUGACCAAGACGGAAGUCAAGGAAGACUACUUGCUGACGGAUGCAGAGCUGAAGGAUGAAGAGCUUCUGCCGCAUCUACUGAAGGCGAACCCGCACAAGGCGACAUAUAGUAACAUGAUGCUCUUUUGUAGAAAACAGGUGGAAGAGUUUGCUUUCGGUCCAGGCAAGUGGGGCUCAGAAGCUGGCUUGGAUGCCGAGUUUGAGAGAAGAGAAGAAGAGAAAGCCAGGAAGAGAGGUAAAAAGUUCCAGCAGGGCUUGGUGGAUCUCAGAAAGCGAACGAGAGACAACGUUUGGCAGAGAAGGAAGGAUGAAGAGCACCUUCAUCAGUGGCAGGAAGCGGAAGAGAGAGGUAAAGCAGUUCAGAGGUGUACACAGUGCGGAUAUGCUGUCGAGGUCGAAGUCUUUUGA